AUGGUUGCUUUUGAGCUAAGAACCACAGGGGAAGAGGCUCUGAAAACCAUCUUUUUGUUACAGAUUGGAGUUGGGUCUUUUGCCAGUGUCAUCCUCUUCUCCCAUAACAUCCCUCCAGUCUUGCAUGGACACAAGCAGAGGCUCUUCAACAUGAUUCUCACCCACAUGGCUGUAGCCAAUCUCUUGGUUCUUCUCUCCACUGGGAUUCCACUCACAAUGGUGGCUUUUGUCUUUAGGCAACCCCUGUCCACUCUUGGGUGUACACUUGUCCAUUACAUCCACCAAAUGGCUUGGAGCACCACCUUGUGCUCCACCAGUGUCCUGAGCACCUUUCAGUAUGUCAUGCUCUUCCCCAGGACAGCGGGGGAUGUUCAGAGGAUGAACCCCCAAGGUCAUUGGUCCUUCCUGUUCAUCUGCUGGAUCUCCAAUGUCUUAAUUAAUAUCUAUGUUCCUGUGAAAGUUACUGGUCUACAGGACACAUACAACCAUACCCACGGCAAAUGGUUUUGCUCAUCCUUAGCUCCUAAUACAAGUCUUGUCUUGUGGUGCAUCUCUGAUGCCGUGUUUAUGGGCCUCAUGGUCUGAUCCAGUGGCUCGAUGGUGCUGCUCCUGCACAGGCAUCACCAGAGUGUCAUAUAUUCACAGCCCCAAUGGUCACCGCAGAUUCCCCCAGAGACCAGAGCCGCCCAUACCAUCCUGAUGCUGGUGACCACAUGUGUUGUCUUCUACAUGCUGAAUUCCAUUUUUGCUUUUUAUGGUUGA